UAAUUCGAUUCUGUCAAUGAGCAUCUAACCUUUCUUUCUCAUUCCUUCCACGUUUCUAGUGUGAGGUGUUUCCGUUGUGCUCCCUGAUUUAAUCCAAUAAUAAUUAAUUUAAAAUGGCUUUCACCAGUUUGAAAAAUGAUAAAGAAUUGAAAGCUUUCAACACUUUCCUCGAAAACAAGAGUUAUGUUUCUGGAUAUUCUGUAUCCAAGGCUGACUUUGACACACUGAAACUCUUGGCUAAGGCACCUGAAGCAAGUUACGCCCACGUUCUCCGUUGGUACAAUCACAUUAAAUCUUUCGAGGAAGAUAAAUCUGCACCAGCAUGCCCCAUGAAAACCGCCACAACAACCACAGCACCUAAGAAACAGGAAACCAAGGAAGAAGACGAUGAUGUCGAUCUCUUUGGUUCAGACGAUGAGGAGGAAUCAGAAGAUGCACAACGUAUCAGGGAAGAAAGGUUAAAGGCAUACAAUGAGAAGAAAUCUAAGAAACCCGAACUUAUUGCCAAAUCUUCCAUCGUUCUUGAUGUUAAACCCUGGGACGAUGAGACUGACAUGAAAGCAAUGGAAAAACAAGUUCGUACUAUUGAAAUGGAUGGACUUGUUUGGGGGGCCUCAAAACUUGUACCAGUCGGUUACGGUAUAAACAAAUUACAAAUUAUGUGUGUUGUUGAAGAUGCCAAGGUUUCAGUUGAUCUUUUGACAGAAACCAUUCAAGAUUUUGAAGAUUUUGUCCAAUCUGUUGAUAUUGCCGCUUUUAACAAGAUUUAAGUUUGUGAAAUGAUUUUGCAAUAAAGUAUCUUCUUUUAA